CAUUAUGAUACUUAGUUUAGUUUCGAGGCGCACUUCAGUAGACGGACUUUAAAACGCCACAUUUUAGUGACGCCCUUGUUAGUGAGUUUGAUAUUACUGAUGUAGACUUUUAGUUUAGUGACUGGCUCGACUGUGUCCAAUUCUGUAAUAAAGUUAGUCAUUGUGCUAUCUCAAGUUUGGAUUCUGUAUCGACUCUCUGUGACUGUGUUAGCUAUGUAUUGAUCUCGCACUGGUAAUUCACUACACAGUACACCCAAGCAUCUAUGAUUCUUACCAAGGUUAUAGAGAAUAGAGAAAUAUAGAACUCCAAUUCACACACACAUCAAAUCCAAUCAUGAAUAGUAAAGAUGACGACUAUUAUUAUUAUUAUUAUGUUAGAAAAGAAUGACUAUUCAUUCUCUGGCGCUGCCAGGGUCGAGUUUAGUUAAAGGGAAAGAAAAUUCAUCGUAGUCACAUUAUCAGUUUCCACUGACGAAUUUUCUGGUGAUGUAUCAGGUCUGCAGCAGUAUCGUCCUCUUACAGGCAACGAGGAUGUUCCUAGGAAUGUUAAGGGCCUUUUUAUUAUUAUUAUUACAGUGCACAGUCUAGCUCAAACCAUUUCAUUCCUCCCUUUCUCUCGACCAACACACGAGUCUUGCCUAUGUAACUCUAACUUCAAAGGAGUAAAGAUUUGAAGCUAAAAUGUAAACUCUAUGUAUUAUAUAUUGUAAAUGUUUAUUCCAAGUCGAGGUUACACUUGUCUUGUCUACGCUGUCGAAGCAUCAGCAGACAUUCCAGAUGUAUCUGAUAAACUAUUGGGUCAGGUGAUCAAACCUGAUCAACAGUGUCAACAGUUUUUUGGAAAUGAUUCCUUCUUUUGCAGGGCUUCCGAAUCUAGACGCUCUAUCACUGAAAUCUGCCAAGCAAUGUUAUGUGCAGAUGUUUUAAGAGGGUUAUGUAUCCUGCAGAUAGCACUCAUUGGAACAUCUUGUGGCGAUGGAAAGGUCUGUAUAAAUGGACAUUGUGUCAGCGACCCAUACGCUCCUCAACUUGAUGAAAACUGUGCAUUUGGAGACAGACCGAGCUAUUCUUGCAGUUUGUUUAUCAAUGACUUUAUGGGCAACUGUUACUCUACUCUUGGCUAUCGAGCAUGUUGUGACACGUGUAACAAUGUGUCUAGGCCCGUGAAAGAUUGUGAACAAGGAGAUCAAGACUUGAGACCAGAACUGUGCACUAACUUUAGCGUCUGCCUAAUACAGCCAACACAGUGCUGUCACUACUGCUCGUCAUAUUACACGUCUGCAACUACAAGUACCACGACAACGAGACCAUUGAUACCAUCCACUUCACCCAAAACUAAAUGUGAACCAGGAGAUCUAGACUUGAGGCGAGAACUGUGCACUAACACUAGUGUCUGCCAGACAAAGUCAUCACUAUGCUGUCACUAUUGCUCGUUACAUUACAAGUCUGCAAAUACAAGUACCACACAAUUAACGUCCCCAACGGUAGGAAAUUUUGUAACAAAAUGUGUGUAAAUACAUUUAACAUUUUUCGAAUGCUUAUUCAGUUUUGAAGAUGAACUACAUCCUGGCCCAAACCUCCCGCAGGACGAAGGGGGAAGGCAGCGGGCAGGGUUUGCACUCAUGAAGAUCGAGACCACCGAACGACAGCCCAGAACGCAUAACAAAUGAUUAAGCAGCCAUUCAUGUUUUAUUACAUGUCUUUUAUCUGACGUUUGAGCUUUUGGUAGUGUAAGUGAUUUGCGAUUU